UAGAUUUAAACUCAAAUAUAUCAGGAAUUACAUUAAACAUACAAGUUUAGAAACAGUUAAAUGACAAAAGACACGUCACCAGCAAUUGUGAAUGGCAGCUUUCCCCAAAGCUACUCCACCUCUUGAAAGCGAUGGACAAGUGGCCUUUCACUGAUGACUCCAGCUGCCCAUUGUGACCAUUCACGACUGCUCCCUGACAUCACACAGUGUACCUCUAGGAAUCAAGCGGAGCUGGCAUGUACCCUCUUCACCUUCCUGUGGGGCUGCUGUGGUGUUCUGGCUCUCGCAUGUGCUUUAUACGGUUCUUCUGUGUAACUCUGCUCUCUGUGCAGCUGCCCCCGACAGUUCCUUGUCCCUUUCCUAACCCACCACUUGUGGUUGCAGAGCACCGGAAACAAUGAGUUGUUAAGACCUUGGCCAACAGAGUUCUAAGGGCCAACUCUGGGCAGAGGACAGCUCCAUCCUCCUUACCAAGGGCUCUUCCAACAGGGGCGUUUCAUUUUGAAUCUGGGAAGUGAGCUACUCUGCCUCAAGAACAAUUUCUCAUGGAGCCAGAAGCCUUAGAAAUUUGCCCUUACAACCCGCACCACCGAGUCCCACUCAGCAGAUUUCAGUACCACCUGGCAUCCUGCAGGAGAAAGAACCCCAAGAAAGCCAAAAAGAUGGCCAGCUGCAAAUACAACGCCUGCCACGUGGUCCCCAUCAAAAAGCUGGAGGAGCACGAGGCUGCCUGUGUCAGCAGAAGCACAAUGGAGGAAGAGGACAGCCUGUGCCCCCUGAAAGUUAGCCUUCCAAGUUCAGAGCAGAGUGGAAAUAUCCCUCCAGAGCACCCCUGGCUCCCCAGUUCUGACGUCUGGAAUGUCGACAGCACUAACUGCCAUCCCGUGUUUGUCCUUAAAACUUUUGUUCCCCAAAAGCUUGUUUGCGAAAGUGACAUAAGAGAGUCAGAGAGACAGAGAGGCCCAUUCCCCAAGACUGACCACCCCCCAGAAGACUCUCAGACCAGGAGGAUAAACCACCAGCAGCAGAAAGGAGCGCUUGCCUCUUAAAUGCCAGAAAGGAGAUGCAACUCACCAGAAUAAAAGUGCGAAGUGAGCCACCUGGGACACCUCGUUUGUCAUGAAGCAGUUGGUAAAGAUCUAAAGGCUGGCAGGACAUUCUGCUGGCAAAGAUGGGGCAAACAGGCACUUUCGUACCAUUGGUGAGAAGGUAAACUGAUAAAUCUCUGCAGAGGGCAAUUUGACAGAAGCUGUAAAAAUGACCAGUGUGCUCUGCUUCGAUGGAGCGAUUCUACUUCUAGGAAUGCAUCCUGUAAAUAUAUUCACACUUGCAGAAGAAGAAGUGAGUGCAAGGUUACCCACUGCCAUGUUAUUUGUAGCAGUAAAGGUCAGUCAGAAAUGAUCCAAAUACUUCUUGCGAGAGGGUUU